UGCGUUACCCAGAUGGCUGCUGACUGUGACGUGUUAUUUAGUGGACGGAACUCUUCUUUUUCUUUCUUUUUUAACACAACAACAGCUCGUCAGCCAUCUCGGAAACCAAAAAUAGCUGAAACAUUAAAGCUCUCUUUACGCUUUCUGGUAUAUUAGCCACGGUGGUUGGACACAUUUAUGUCAUCUAGUUAGUUAUCCCAAUUAAUUAAAUAUUUACGUUGUUGUUUUUGGUCAGCUAGCUGGCUGGUUAAGUUAGCACUAGCAUAGCUAGCUAACAUCUCCGACCAUGAGGUCACUAAGCUACUCUCCUGUUAAAGAAGUGAAAGAGGAGGAGGAAGAGGAGGCUGUUACAGUCAAACAAGAAGAGGAAGACGUUUCAGUGAAAGAAGAGGAAGACGCGUUCAGAGUGAAAGAGGAGGAGGAGGAUGUUCCAGUAAAAGAAGAGGAUGAAGAGAUGGACAUUUCAGUGAAAGAAGAGGAAGAAGCGUUCCGAGUGAAAAAGGAGGAUGAUGUUAAGGUGAAGGAGGAAGAGAAUGAGGAGGAUACCGUUUUUGUAAUGAAGGAGGAAGGAGAGAUAACUGUCAUAUUGGAGGAGGAAGAGGAGGAGAUUGGGGAUCUGAUUAACACCAGAGAGACACGUGACCGUCGUGGAUCCUCUGGGGAGCCUCAACGACAUCACGAUGCUGACGAGGCAGAGGAGAGUCUCUCCGCAUCAGCGCACCUCAAGAAACACCAGCGGAGACCCAAAACGAAAACUCACUGCUGCUCCGACUGUGGGAAAGGUUACAAAUAUUCAUCAGCUCUUAAAAAACACCAGAGGUUCCACACCGGAGAGAAAAUAUACCACUGCUCAGACUGUGGGAGGAGGUUUACUUCCUCAGUCGGAAUGCAAUUACAUCAGAGAACCCACACUGGAGAGAAACCGUACCACUGCUCAGAUUGCGGGAUGGGUUUUACUACCUCAUGUAGACUGAUAUCACAUCAGAGAAUCCACACGGGAGAGAAACCAUACAUCUGCUCUGACUGUGGGAUGAGUUUUACAACCUCCGGUGGAAUGAUAUCACACCAGAGAGUACACACUGAGAAGACUUUUGCUGCCCGGACAGCCCUGGCUACUCACAAACGAAUCCACACUAGGGAGAAACCGUUUCACUGCUCCGACUGUGGAAUGAGCUAUAUUACCUUCAGCGGCCUGAAAACACACCAGGCUAAACAUACCGGAGAGAAACCGUAUAGCUGUGAUGUGUGUGGGGAUAGUUUUUCUCUCUCCACAACCCUAUCUAUUCAUAAACGAAUACACACAGGUGAGAAACCUUACCACUGCCUUGACUGUGGAAUUAGCUUUUCUGCCUCAAGUGGCCUGAGAAGACACCAGAGAAAACAUACAGGAGAGAAGCCUUAUAGCUGUGAUCAGUGUGGGAAGGGUUUUCUUCGAUCAGACUCCCUGGCAAAACACAAGGCAAGAGCCACAGAGUGUGGAAUGAUCUCCAACACCAGACCUGGGUAGUAGAACACAGAGUGUAGAAUGAUCUCCAACACCAGACCUGGGUAGUAGAACACAGAGUGUAGAAUGAUCUCCCAACACCAGACCUGGGUAGUAGAACACAGA